AUGCAUUGUGCCAAUGAUCUCCUCAAGAAAAGUCUGUCCCCAGUGAAUGCCAAUUGCAUUUGGAGAACAGACAGGUCCUAUUUCUAUCUGACCGAAACACCUGGUGUGUCCCCAGGCUGCAUCAAUGUAUCUCCAUGCUGGUUUCAACAAGGUCACGAGGUCAAUAAUGCUGAUGUGAGCUGCUGUCCAGAGAUAUCAGCUAGUCUCAAAGGCCCUCAAGGUGUAACCAUCAUAAAAUCUAUGCGACGACCAUCUCUCCUCGCCUUGGCUGCAUUGAGGGUCAUGCACCCCAGCCUGUAUUGGUCCUCAUUGCGCACCACCCUUGAGGUUGGACACUGGGCAUAUUCCAGUGGUCAAACCAAGAUGUAUGAGCGCAUUAGACACUGGGCAUUGGUCUUCACAGGUGUCGCUGUGAUGGCCAACCACCAGUCACCCGCACACCGUGAUCCAAAAUGCUGUCCUGAAUGGUUUGACUUAAUGACAUCGGUCAGCAACUAUAGAAGUGCCCGCAUGACGCUACAUAACCUAGGUAUUGAGUUGAUGUAUGACUCAGGAGUGAUGGUAGCAGUUCUGCGGUCGGCUUAUCCACCAUGCAGUGGACAUGCAGACCGGCGACCGAUGGGUGUGGGCAUGGUUCAUGAGAGACAGUGUUCAUAA